UGUUAUUGAAUUCAGAUUACUCCGUCUUCUUCUUUUUCUUCUUCUUCUUCUUGUUGCUUUCUUUUUGCAAAACCAUCUUCGAAAGACUUGAGUUUCUUUGAUUUUAUUGUAAUAAGAAAAAAAAAAAAAAUGCAAGGUGGGGAAGGAAUUGGGGAAGAGGUUAGCAUAGAAGAGCUUUCCUCCAAUCUAUCAACCUACAAAGACCAGCUUCAACAGGUUAUUGUCUGCAUAAUGAUUACUUCUCAUGCUUUUGCUCAGGUCAAACAACUUUUGGUUGAUGAUCCUACAAACUCAGAAUACGCUGACAUGGAAAAGGAGCUCAAUGAGGUAAUUGCUCUGACGGAAGAACUGCUUGCAACUGCAAAGCAAAAUGAGAUCUCUGCAUCAGAUGUCGUGACAAGUGUUAGUGGAUCUCCUGGUUUGUCCCAUCCAAAGGGGAAUAAUCAGGAUCUUGGAAGCAUCUCUGAUCAUGCUGAUAAAUUUCCUGUUGGCACAAAAGUGCAAGCUGUUUGGAGUGAAGAUGGGGAAUGGUAUGAUGCAACAAUAACGGCUCAUACUCCCAAUGGAUAUUAUGUUGCUUACGAUGAAUGGGGGAAUGCAGAAGAGGUUGAUCCUGCCAAUAUAAGGCCAAUUCAAGAAGAUGCAAUGGAUGCAUUGCUGGAAGCUGAGAAGGUGGCUGAAGAGACAAAACAAGCCAUCAAGCGGAAGAUUGCUCAGGCGGCUUCUGUUGAUUUCCAGUCACGAAGCUUACCAGCAAAACUACGAAUAGAGCCUGAUGACCCUGAGGAUGUGAAAGUGACCAAACGAAAGAAGAUACAUGCUUUUAAGUCAAAGAUGAGGAUGGAGCAACUUGAAGUUACACAAAAUAAGCGCCAAAAUGCAUGGCAGCAGUUCCAGUCAACUAAAGGCAAGACUAAGAAGGUUGGUUUCUUUUCUGGACGCAAGCGGGAGAGCAUCUUCAAGUCUCCAGAUGAUCCUCAUGGUAAGGUUGGUGUGACUGGAAGUGGAAAGGGUUUGACAGAGUUUCAGAAGAGGGAAAAGCACUUGCAUCUCAAGGGUGGUAUUGUUGAGGGUGAUGAUUAGGAUCUAAGUUUUGUUUUCUCCUUUUUCUGUAUGUAUCUGUUUCUUUAGUCAAGCACUUGGCUGAUGAAUCAAAGAGUCUUUGCUAGCGCUAAUGCUAAUGCCAUAAUACAACAGUCAAUUUAUUGCUGCUCCAA